AUGAAGUCUCAUGAACUUGCACUUGUAUAUAAAUCAGAUCCAACAGAAAGGAAUGUUCUAGAUCCAUACGAUAAGAAUUCUAGAUAUUCUGAAAAACAAAAAACGGGAUGUCGAAUGCGAUAUAGAAAUCGAGAUUUUAAUUACGAGAGGGUACAAUUAUUUGACAGAAUACGAAUUAAAGAUAGAACUCAAAGGGAUCGUGAACGAACACGACCGCAUGAUAAUCCGAUAAGUUAUUAUGAAGAAUCCCAUCCACAUAUGCGUGUUCCGUAUUAUGAAUAUGGUAGAAAAGCGGAUAGAAUGCGUGCUCCAUAUUAUGAUUACCAUUGA